UUCGACAGGAGGCGGCUGUUGUUUAACUGCAGUGUCACACAUUUUGACUUUGGAAUUUUUCGAAAAUUGAGGUGAUUAUGAGCACUAGUACGAUUUUUAUUAAACGACCUUUAAAUUACCGGCAAAGUUUGGCACUGCUCAAGGAAAAAUACAAAGAGUUAUCUCCAGCAUUGUCAGUGGUUUUGUGGACCUUUUCUGGGAUUUAUGCGGCUUCGAAAAGUACUUUUAACAGCAAUGUUUCCGGAAUGACUUUGUCUUUUCUCAUCUCAGACCUGGUGAUAAUGACUUUUGUUUCGCUUUUACUCUGCAAAGGUCUAAUCGAUAAAAGUAUGAUGCUGUUAAUGCCGUGGAUGUGUCUUACAGUAUACAGUCUCUAUUUUACACACUACCAAGGCAUAGUGAACACGUUAACAGCUUUAAAACGAGUGAAGAAGAUAUCGUGGUUGCCCUGGAGCAACAUAUUCGUCAGCGUUAUUCUUCUGAUUGUGCGAGGAACUCUAACUAUACGAAUGUUUCAACUAGGUGUACACUUAUGGUUUAGAAAAAAACUAAAGGAACUAAAAGGAAAAGAACUGUAACCAAGUCCAACAAAACUUAACCUAGACUUAAAAUACAACAUCGAAACAAAA